AACAGGUAGUGGAAGGACGAGCUUGCUGUAGACUUUCUGCGUUCAUCGCUGUGCGUCUUCUCAGCAUGGGGUCACCUCUGUUUCCCCGUGAGUCUGGCCAGUUCGUAGCAGAGGGGAGUCGGGAUGUGUUUGUGGAGGAGGAAGGAGUGCAGAAGGUGGCAGAGAUGCUCUACAGCCUCCGACACAGUGACGAUUUGACCGCCAGUGGCUGGAAGAAGGCAAAUCCAUUGGCUCCAGCACCGACCUCUGACCAGGCCUUGAACUGGGUGUUUGUGGUCGACACCAUGAACUUCUCCUUUUGGCCAGAGACGGAAACUCAGCAGUGUGAGGUGACCUAUAAAGGGACCACGUACACAGGCUACAUGACCCUGUGUGCUGCCAUCACCAGGGCCAUGGAGGAAGGUGUACCCAUCACUGAUCCGAAGUACUUCUCUCAGAUGAGUGUGGAGCAGCUGGCACAUGUCCUUCGAUCAGACAACGAAACAGCCAUGCCCAUGCUUCAGGAGCGUCACCAGGUGCUGACUGAAGGCGGCCGUCUGCUGCUUGAACACGGCGGAAGCUUCCGGAGUUUUAUCAGCCAAGCCGGGAAUGACGCCCAGAAGAUGGUGGAACUCAUCGUGGAGAAGAUCCCUUCCUACAGGGACGAAGCUACGUACGAGGGGAAGAGAAUCUCAUUCUACAAGCGAGCUCAGAUCCUGGUGGCAGAUUUCUGGGGCGUCAUGGAGGCCAGGGGAGAGGGCGACAUCAUCAACAUGGACUGGCUCACCAUGUUCGCAGACUACAGGGUCCCUCAGGCUCUCGUCCACCUCGGAGCACUGCGAUACUCUGACGCACUGAUGCAGGCGCUGAAGAACGGCGAGCUGCUGAGUUCAGGGGACAGGAGAGAGGUCGAGAUCCGUGGUUGUUCGAUUUGGUCUGUGGAGUUGAUCAAAGAUCGCCUUUGCAAGCUGGUGCAGGAGAGAGACGGACAGACCUGCAGCGUCAACUCUGCAAUCAUCGACUUCUACCUGUGGCCUUAUGCCAAGCAGCACCACAAAGAGAUGGCUCACAUUCCCAUACACCACACACGCUGUGUUUACUACUGACAGGCUGGCUGGCAGCAUUACAUACAGUGGGCUGCACUUCUCAGUGUGCAGCCUUGGCACCGGUGCCUUUCCCUGGGAUAAAGCCAAGCAUGUCUCUAUGCCAGAUAUAUGUGCAAAUGGGCUUCUCCACUCGCUGUAAUGGAAACAGGUGUCAAGCUUUCAUGUAGCUUGUUGGUCUAUGCGGGUAGCAGCACUGUUGGCCAUUUGCAGAAAAUUAGAAUGUUUACUGUUCAUACGGUACAUUUGGAGAGCAAGUAAUCGUAUACUGUAUGUUAACAUACAAGGACACAUCAGCGUAUGUACACUGAUUUGAACUUGUAACCUGAUUAAAUUGUGGAAAUAGAUA